AUGCACUCUCACUGCCUCCCUUGCCUGCGCCGCACAGGCCUGCUGCCCGAGCACCUGCCGCACCAGCGGGCGCUCUGCCCUCUCCACCCCUUCCAUGCGGCCGAGAGGCCGGUCGCGGCGCCGGUCGAAGGCAACGAGGCGGCCUGCCCCAACUGCUACUGCUUCGCGUGCGACGCGCCCGUGUCCGCGUGCCGCCACUGGCGGGGCGGCGAGCCGAGGGUGCCGGCGCACUGCAACGCGCACGCCGGCAGCGCCGAGUGGCGCACGCAUCGCUCCAACGCCAAGCGGCAGCGCACGCGGGCGGCGCGGGCGGCACGGGACCCGCUCGGGCUGGGCUGA